AAGCCUCCACUGCCGGAAUACCAACACCCGGAACUAACCAUCCUCGAACAGCAAACGCACGUGAUUAUCCAUCUUCACACCCUUCAAGCCGUUUCAUUCAGAAAGUUCGCAUUUGAUUGCUCCCUUGGCGAAAUGUCACGAGAGAGGAGGAAAAAAUAAAGUCCAUUAUACAACAUCCCCGAUCCCCCGCCUCUUCUCCCCAGCUCUCCUACAGUGGCCUACUUCUACCAUAUCUAGACAACCACUACCACCUCCUCAUGUUCUGUGGAGUAAGACUCCUGCUGACCGGCUCCAGCCAUGUCGGUGGAGAAUUCAGCGGCGGGUGGCAAUGACGGGACCGCGGACAACCAAACAGUACACUUGCCGAUAGGAGAAGUCAAUUGCCUUCCUGUCUCUGAACCGGACAUUAUGACACCCCACCUGGCAGGAGCCGUGCCAGUUCAGGAGCUACCCAGGAAACGGAAAGGGGAUCUAGACAACAGGGAAAACACGGAUGUUGACAUGGAGGAUGAACAGAACAGGUCAGAAGAUGACGAUCAACAGGUCAAAAUAAAAUGCUUCAGGGAACCACAUAGCCAAAUUGAGAAGCGGCGGAGGGACAAAAUGAACACCCUCAUCGAGGAGCUGUCAGCCAUGAUCCCGUCCUGUAAGCCCAUGUCCAGAAAGCUUGACAAACUCACAGUGCUGCGAAUGGCUGUGCAGCACCUCAAAGCACUGAAAGCAGGUGCCAGCAGCUCCUUCACUGAUGCUAACUACAAACACAAGCCUUCAUUUCUGCCUCAGGAUGAUCUCAAGCAACUGGUGCUCAUGGCUGCCGAUGGGUUCCUGUUCGUUGUGAGCUGUGACAGGGGGAAGAUACUCUUUACCUCAGAAUCUGUCUCCAAGUUCCUCAACUACUGUCGGUUGGAGCUAAUUGGACAGAGCCUUUUUGAUUAUAUCCACCCAAAAGACAUUAGUAAAGUGAAAGAGCAGCUGUCAGCGUCAGGAUUAUACCCUCGCGAACGGCUCAUAGAUGCCAAAACAGGAUUACAGGUGCAGGACCUCCCUGUGGGAGCAGUUCACUUGUGUACCGGAGCACGGCGCUCCUUUUUCUGCCGCAUGAAGCACAGCACAGCAGUUCUGAAGACAGAAAGCAAAACCAUUAUCCCCAGUAGUUUCAAGAAAAAAGAGUCUCAACGGUACUGCACUGUCCAUUGCACUGGUUACAUGAUGAGUUGGCCUUGCACCCAGCUGGAUGCUGAGUGUGACGAUAACGAGUCCUCCUAUAUGACCUGCAUGGUUGCUGUGUGCCGUGUUCACCCACACAAUGUUUGUCAGCCUGCACAAGAAGUCAAGGUCAAACCUGUCCAGUUUGUCACUCGUUUUGCAAUAGAUGGGAAGUUCACCUUCGUAGACCAACAAGCCACUAUUAUUCUAGGCUACCUGCCACAGGAACUACUGGGUACGUCCUGUUACGAGUACUUUCACCAGGAGAGCCUGCAACACCUUGCAGAGAGACACAGAAAAGUUCUCCGCAGCAAAGAGAAAAUUGAGACCAGCUGCUACAAGUUUAAAACAAUACAUGGCUCCUUCAUUACACUUCAAAGUCAGUGGUUUAGUUUUAUAAACCCGUGGACCAAAGAAGUGGAGUUCAUUGUGUCAACCAACCGAGUUUUAGAAACGGCUCACAUAGAAGCUGAACAGCUAAACAGCUCCAGCCUGUCGGAGGAAGAUGGGAAGCAUCACCUUAUCCCCGGCAUUUCCAGUGGAAUGAAUACUAUGAUCUAUGCUGGCAGCAUAGGGACCCAGAUUGCAAAUGAGCUCUUAGACUCAAACAGGGCUAAUUCCUCUCCAUCCAGUGGAACCUCCAGUCCCUUUUGUCCGCCACAGAACAGGUCUCCAAUACUUCCCACUAUAGCCAACACGCCUAGUGAGAAAGUGACUGAUUCUGAUACAAUGAGCAGGUCUGAAUCUGAAUUGUAUUUGAAGGGUGCCACAUACACUGGCAAUGACCCACACAUGGACACAGGAGAGAGCUCCAAUACGGACCUGGACAGUAUGGUUGGACAAAGCCUCGGUACCCUGAGCAACGAUGAGGCUGCCAUGGCCGUGAUCAUGAGCCUGCUGGAGACUGACGCAAACCUCGGGGAAGCAGUAGACUUCAGCAACAUACACUGGUCCCUCUAGCAAAGGAUGAAAAUGCUCUGUCAAUACAGGAGAAGAAUUAAGAUUCCAAUUCAAGAAUUGAAAAUGUAUAUUUAUUCUUACGCAUGACUUAAUUUAUUUAAGCAUUCUGAAAUAUCUUUUCUCAAUGCCUGGAUUGGGAUUUGGAUUCACUGAAUGUAAAUGGAACGGAAUCCCAACUGUGCUAAGGAGACUCCCAACUUUGAGUCCUAUAACCUUGUUUUUGAAGGUGUGACAAACUCAAUCCAGGGACUGUGUGCGCGUGUUCCACUACCAAGAAAACAGUUAAAUAAGCUUCUUAGGUACUGGCUCGGCUUUUAUCUCUCAGGAAGAGAGAUUCAGCAUGGGCUUUAACCAGCAAAGUCUUUCGUGGCUUACACAUCUGGUUCAGCUGUUUCUUGAUAACACUUUUUUUCUUUCUUUAACUGAAUGUGUAUUACAACACAGCACUCUUCUUUGCUUAUAAGGUGGGGGUCACAGACUGACUGCAGCUGGACCAUAGUUCGGUAUAGCACUUGGGUUCCCACCGAAGUAAAACUCAUCACCUAAAAUGUCAAGGGAGUGGACAAAGGGUGUAUGUUUACCGUUUCAUCAAAUGCAGUGUUAACUUGUGUGAAUAACUGUGUCUUUUCUCAAAUGGUAAUUGUCUAUUAUUACAGUCAAAUUGCAAUGCACUUUUUUUCCUCUUGCAUUGUAGGCUUUGUGUAGUAUUGCUGCCAUGUCUAUUGCAUAGACAGAGGCAUACCCUUUUCCAAUUUCACUCACAGAGGUAGAGCGGCUUCUUUUUAUUUACACUGAAUGAGAACACCCCAAAGGUGCACCCAGAGGGAUGUAGUGCAAGCCGAACACACAGAAAUGCCUUUUUAUUCCGUGAACAGUGUCAAUCAAUUAAUUGCUCAAAAUCACUGUUGUUCAAAGGGUUUGCGUUACUUGCCACAGAGGACCGCAAUGGAAAGUGUCUUUUGUUUUAAAGAUUUGUCUUCAACUCCAGGAGAUGACUCCAUUGGAAAACAGGAUUCAGUACAAACCCACGGUAUUUACCACAACAUCCCUGUACAUCUGCCUUAUCAAAACCCUACAUUUGCUGUAUUUUUUAAACGUGGUGUGGAACUAAUACAGACAAGGAAAAAAUGCUAGCAACUUUAUUUCUCACAUGAGCAAACUAUUUUGAAAGCCUGUUUAGCUCCAACAUAUGUAUACCAUGUCUGCUUUUACUAUGAAGAGCAUAACUUUCUCUCUGUGUGAAGUUUGCACACUUUCCAAAUCCUUAAAACAUCAAGGUGCUUGAAAAAGAAUGAACCUUCUAUCGCUGGAAUUAAAUCUGAAUGAAAUAUUAUUUUCUGCAAAUGUGAUUGCACCUUAAGAGACAAAGGAAAAAAUAUCACUGAAUCCAUAAAGACUUGAAUUAAGGUGCUCCUGCCACAUUGGUUUCUCUCUAUCUUGGGUGAAGAAAGGUAAUGGCAUGGGUUUGCAUGGAGUAAAAAGUUUAAAGAAAACUAAUGCAUGCAUAGCCAAAUUUGAUAUUAUUUUGCUUUUUGCCCAAUGCAUCCAUGCAAUGCAAUGAUUUAGAAUAAAAUAUGAAACUUAAGAUUUUAUCUUAGUCUAAAAAAAUGUUUAGACCAGGGCUUGAAUAUUUAAAAGCUGGA